GCAACAACAACACUCUGUUUUCAUAGCUGACUUGAGAAGAUAGGUGGGUUUGAGAAAACAACAAGGACAAGAGUCACCCAAGAAAAGAACAAAACACAUAGGGCAUGAAGUCUUGAAGGUUGGAAAGUUUCUUUGCUGGGAAAGUUUUUCUGGAAGAAUGGGAGGUGACCAAGUGAUUCUAGCAACUGCUGGAUAUGAUCACACAAUUCGUUUCUGGCAAGCCCACAGUGGGAUAUGUCUGAGAACACUGCAACACCCUGACUCUCAAGUAAAUGCAUUAGAAAUCACCCCGGACAAACAACUCUUGGCAGCUGCAGGCUAUCAGCAUAUCCGUAUGUAUGAUGUUACAUCAGGAAACCCCAAUGCAGUUGUCAAUUAUGAUGGCAUUUCCAAGAACGUCACAGCGGUAGGUUUCCAGGAAGACGGAAAAUGGAUGUUCACAGGCGGAGAAGAUUGCUCUGUUAGGAUUUGGGAUCUUCGGUCACGAAGCCUUCAAUGUCAGCAUAUUUUUCAAGUUAAUUCUCCUGUUAAUACAGUUGUGCUUCAUCAGAAUCAGGGGGAGCUGAUAGUUGGAGACCAAAGUGGCGCGAUUCACAUGUGGGAUUUGCGCACUGAUCACAACGAGCACCUCAUCCCAGAACCAGAUGUUGCAAUCCAGUCUAUAAGUAUUGACCGAGAAGCGAGGUUUAUGGCAGCAGUCAACAACAAGGGAGAUUGUUAUGUUUGGCGGCUGUCGGGUGGCUCAGAUGAGAACCCAACUGUUUUCCAUCCCGAAGACAAAAUACCCUCUCAUAAGAAGUAUGGUUUGAAAUGUCUCUUUAGCCCAGAUUCUACGCUACUCGCGACUUGUUCGGCUGAUGCGACUUUGAAAGUGUGGCGCACGACUGACUUCUCGCUUCUAACAACACUGCCUGAUCCGUCUCAAAGAUGGGUUUGGGACUGCGCCUUCUCAGAGGACUCACACUAUAUCAUUACAGCUUCAUCGGAUGGGAUAGGACGAUUGUGGAACACAGACAAAAGUGAAGUGAUCCGAGAGUACUCUGGACAUCAAAAAGCUAUUGUAUGUUUAGCAUUUAGAGAUGCUAGACCAUCGUAACCUUACUCAUGUUUCAAUUGAACUUCAGUUAAAAAGAUUGUCUAAAUUCUAGUUAUCAAUUGCCCAAUGGACUGGGAAGAAAUGAAUAUUUACGUAUAAUAUUUGUAUCACCUUUCCUCAGAACCAUUUACAUUGAAAUACUCCCACUUGUGACGCUGCCAUCAUUAGGUUGUGAAACUUGCAUUAAUAGGGCUAGAUUUUAUUAAAAUUUUUCAAGACUUGAGAAUCUUUUGUGGAGGCUCUUUGCUUCAAAUUGUAAAAAAGCCUAGUGAGAAAUCUUUGCAAGGGACUGCUCACGAGAAGAGCCUUGUGAGAUCCAUGAAUCUUGAGAAAUCAUGAGAGGAGCCUUGUGAGAUCCAUGAAUCUUGAGAAAUCAUGAGAGGAGCUUUGUGAGAUCCAUGAAUCUUGAGAAAUCAUGAGAAGAGCCUUGUGAGAUCCAGCCCCAAGAUUCCUCUACACAACUCUAUCUCUCUUGAUUGUCCUAUCAUGUAUCUCGAAUUCUCAAUGGAUAUACAGCUUAAUUCCUAAUUAAAAGGUACCUUCCCACAACAGCUUAAGGUAUUUUAAAUGUAAUCUUUUCAUAUAUUUAAGAUAAGCAUUCUAGUUUAUUUUUCCUGUUUCAGAUGUCACGUGAAUGAUUAUGUACUAAGGAUAAUUUGAAACACCUAUUAUUUCGAAAAAUUCUUUGGUCACCUGGAUCUGUAGUCUUAUAUUUACUUCUUAACUUCCUUUCAUUCUUACUCUAUGCCUGCUAAUUCAAUCCCUUCUUAGAAUUCAUCGAUUGGAAAAAAUAAUUUCAUCAAUUUUAGUAUAAAACAAUGUAUAAUAAAGCUAUUAACAUAUAAAACUUUUAAGCUAUUAACUUUGUAUAAUGAGACUAUCAGCCAUUAUUUCUACGGCAUUGGUCCCCAAAAAAAUAGGUAUUUGACUGAAGAAAGCAAAACCAAAAUCAUGUUGUAAAACUUUCUCAUAUUCCAAAGCUAUUUCCUUGUAUAAUUAUUACCUCGUAUGUUGCCUUGUCUGAUUAUUUUUCUAAUUACUUAGUUUUUGUGUCCAGCGAACCAUGGAGUCAAUAGUUUAUCAAAUCAACAUUACAUUGAAUUAGAAUCUUUUUUUGAUGGAAUUUAGUAGCUAGUUGUUGAAUUAUGUAGAAUUUCUUUUGAAGUUUUCAUUGAAAUACUAGACCAAUUUGACUAUGAGAAGCACUGAAGUCAGUUA